AAAUUUCAUGUGGAUAUCCAGGUUGUCCACAACGCGGGUUUGCAUCUGGAAGUGUAUACACAGUAGGAUCAGUGGUGUAUUUCUAUUGUUAUUAUUCCGGCGAAGUUCUGAGCGGAGCUUCCUCUACAACAUGUCAGUCUAAUGGGAUAUGGAGUAAUCCAACUCCUCCAAGAUGUAAGUAUGACUAAGAAUAAAUAUUUUCGAAGUGAAACAACAUACACGAAAGUUUUCACUUGAAUUAGACUCCCCAUUUUAGUCCAGAAUAACACUCGCACUAAAUGCUAAUUAGAGCUCCGUGUGAUCUGCAAAUAAACAUGUCGAACGGAAGGGACCGCAGAGGGAUUUUAUCAUUGGAGGGCUGGUACGUGUUGGAAUGACGUAGUUCGCAGCGAAACCGGGAAUCAUCCUGAGGGAUUUGCCCCAGCCGAAAUUUUGAAAAUUACAAGCCGGGAAAGUGUAUUUUCCACAAUAAUUUUGUUUAAUUAACGUGAGCAUGCAUGUACGUGUAUAUUGCCUAAUGAUGUGAAAAUACAUUUCUGAAAACACAUGAAUUUACUGUAAUCGAAAUUAGUAGAGAAUGAUAGCAUUACCUCAAGCCCGAAUGACUGAACUCAGAUAUCUCAUGGAUAUUGCAAAGUUGAUAUGACAAAUAAUCAGCAAGCAAGUCAAGCAAUUGCCAUAACAGCAAGGUCGAGUGUAUAUGAUAAAGAUUUAUUAUGUUUCGCAUAAUAUGUGAAAUAGGCCCAUGGCCAUGCAGUUAAAGGUGACUACAUGUAUACACGGUGGAAAUUUUUCUUUAAACUAGAAAAAUAUGUGUAACUUUAUUAGAAAACAAGACGCUCCACGGAGCGUAAGUCGCAACCUCGUUCCCAGGGUCUCUCCUUCUGUCAUCUGGGAGAGACCCUGGCUGCGGCUGGUCACGUGCCUCCCAGAUUCUGGGAGGUAAAUUUAAUUGUAACUGUGAGAGGGGUGGAACAGGAGCGUGUUUGUAGCGUUUUAAAAUUGCAACUUUGGGUGAUGAAAUUUACUGUAAAUUUGCAACAAGAAAUCGUAAAGAGAACUCUUAAAGGGUAUUGCCAACAAAAAUUUUUAUUGAUUUUAUUGCUUCAUCUGAAGGAGCAUGAAAAAAUAAGCCGAUUGGCCGUUUACUGCUCUAUUCUAUCUCAUCUGGUUCCGAAGUUAUACGCAAAAAUGUGCAAAAUAUAAAUUGCUGAUUCAGCACAUUCUGUGAUGUCAUAAGCUGGGUAAGUAUGUUUAUUGAAUAGUAAACUAAAGCAUAGCUGAGUUAUUAUUAGCUCAAAUCAAAUGAAAUUUUGCAUACAGAUAGUACAUGAUGAGAUGCAUGGGAAAAAUACUUCUAAUUUCGUUGUCAAGGCAACACAGUCGUUCCCAGGCCUCUUACACUGAUUUUGAAUAACUAGUUGCAUUUAUCUAUGUGUAUGUCAUUUUCGAAUUAUUAUCAUGCAAGUAAACUUUUGGCAUGCAUAGGUAUCAUACACAUACUUCUGAUAUUAUUUUAUUCUUAUCAGUACCUUGAAUAAAGCUGUUUCAUAAAAUUGGCGCAAGGGGCCUGGAAACGACAUUGUUACCUUGGCAACAAAAUUAGAAGUGUUUUUCCAUGCGUCUCAUCAUGUACAAUCAGUAUGCAAAAUUUCAUUUGAUUUGGGCCCAUAAUAACUGAGCUAUGCUUCAGUGUAGUAUUCAAUAAACAUACUUACCCAGCUAAUGACGUCACACGUUGUGCUGAAUCAGCAAUUUAUAUUUUCACAUUUUUGCGUAUAACUUCGGAACUAGAUGAGAUAGAAUAGAGCAUUAAACGGCCAAUCGGCUUAUUUUUUCAUGCUCUUUCAGAUGAAGCAAUAAGAUAGAUGAAGCAAUUUUUGUUGCCAAUCUCCUUUAAAUUAAUAUUUAUAUCGUGACGCUGUACUCUAUAAUCUGGUGUCGAGUUACAAUUCAAGCAAGUUGGAUCAGAUUCCAAUAUUCAAUUUACAGACUUGCCAAAGAAAGCACGCUUGCCGCUUGUGUAGCGUAGCGAUAUUAAACCUACAAGAAAAUAUAGAUCUCUAGACCGAACAGUGUGGUUGUUAUUUAUUUAGUAUUAAUGUCUAUCCUGAUACUCGGACCAAAAGAAUUUAUUUAUUGAUGAGAUGCAUGUGAAAUUGCAACGAAAUAGCGAGAUCUUUUGAUUUCCGAAAUAUCGCCAACUGUAUCCAGAUUGUUGAUCGAUAUUAAGGCCUUACCAAAAAAAUUUAAAGCCCGUCAAAACACUAUAAAAUUGGCCCUUGGCAUUGCUGAAACCAACGAUCAUGGUAUAUGUCAAAGUAUAGCUGUCUGUUGAAAAUCUACGGUAUUAAAAUCAUACACCAAAGAUAAGUCAAACGACAAAUUAUAUGUCACUAUAUUAUACAUGUCUUUCAAUGAGCACUGUUUUUAGUAGUGUUCACCACCUUUAUAAAUUUUGUAAACAGCUUUCGUUUUGACAUGAAUAAGCUUUAAUUUUUUGCUGUAUAUGCAUUCUUAAUAAUACAAGUGAGAUUUAAAUUUUUGCUUUGACUUUGUGAAAUAGAAUACCGUUAUUUUUUAAUGGACAGCUUGCAUCGUCUAUAUCAUAUCCAGGAUUGCUUGUGUGUAAACGCAUUAUUCAGUAUAUGACACUAUCAAAUAAAUAUAAGUAGUAAAUGAUUAAUGAAUUAGAGAUAAACAGGUGAUUCACAAUGAAAACUUUAAAAAUGUUAGUAGAAGUAGGCUAGAAAACUCGAAAAUUUAUGUCUAUUCGUAUGAUGCCAAUGACGGUCUGUGCGCAUCUGACACUGUAAAUUUGUGAUAUAGAUUAUAGUAUGUUAACACAAUAUAAUGAUUAAUAGAGACCAAAAAAAGGCUAAAGUCUUACUAUAAUUACCGAAUACGAAUUAUGUACUAAAUCCAGAUAAACCAAUGACUGAAAUUUCCUCUAUACUUAUAGACAUUUCUCUGUUCGGCUAUUAUCAAAUGUUUACAUUUGCUAAUAUUGGGUCAGUCCUAGACAAUACUGUUUCUUUUAAAAAUCUUAUAAACAAGACGCGUAGUAACAAGUGAAUCGGUACAAAGCGUAUCAACGUUUACAAGAAAGGACGAAUGUAAUGGCGUAUUUUAAAAACAUUACAAUAUUAAAAGGUUUGUUAUAACCGCGCUCGAUUGUGAAGAGAGCAUGCAUUGAAUAACAACACGAGAGAGCACGUACUGCGAGUAACGAUUUGCUUUGUUUCUUGACUUGACUGUAAGUAAGAAUGUAAGAAUGUUCUUGUAAAUUCAAAGCAAAGAAAAUAAACAAAAAUUAGCAAGUAUUUUGAACGUAAUAAUUCGCAAAAUUUAUGUUUUUAACGAAUGUUCCACUGGAAGCAUGUUUAUGUAAUUUGAUACUUUCCCCACACCCCCUCAGGCGCUAAAUUUUUGAUGAGGCACGUGAGCAGCCGCAGCCAGGGUCUUUCCCAAAGAAAGAUCCUGGGUACGAGGUUGCGUAAGUCGCUGGGGCGAUGGAAGUAUGCAACUUUAAGUAGAAGUAUAAUACUACUAAUUAAAGUAGAGCAUGUUUGAUUUUCCGAAAAUAUUGAUUCUUGAAGUUGCAGUUUGCCUGGAAGUUAGCGCUAAUAGUUAAAACAAGUACAAACAUGUACACAGUGGCGUAACCAGCGAUUUGGUCCCGCUAUGCAAAUUUCAACUCAUCAUUAUUAAUUUAUUUAGAAAUUAAUUGUGUUGAUAGUUUAUAAACAUGGCAAUAUUUGCAUAUGGCGGGACUGAUCGUCGGGCUGGCUACACCCGAGUAUACAGUAUAGUGUAUCGUAUGUGUUAAAAUUAUAAGCGUUUAUCCUGUUCAUUACACAGAUCGGCUGGUGUUAUGUUACCAACAGACCAAGUUAAAACCGAAUAGUCUAGGACCUGUAUAUGAGUUUGUAUGCAUUUCAUUUAGGACAGAUAAUCUCAACAACUGUUUUAGGGCAAGUUGACCAUGACGGUCGACAUGGUAACACUGCCCGAACCCCCAAUCCGGGGCGAAACGUCCGAAACUGACCACACCCAAAAACGACGCUCUCGCCAUAUAGUGCUAUCUACCAAACCAUAAAAGCUUUGGCUAUUCUGAGGUGCUUAUAUGGUUCAGAGAUGGUGCUUUUAGGGGUCGUUAUUGGUAAGUGUGAAAUGCCUGGCACUGAUAUUUCACAAGAAAAUGACCAUGCAAUACUCAUAGUCAAACGUCAAUUUGUAACUUACAAAUUCAGAUAAACAGCAGUGGACCUACAUUACCUUUUCUCCUAAAUCUUUUUAUAGAAACAUAAUUUGUACUUAUUUAAGUAUAUUAUCACUGCUUUGCUGUAAAAUAGUUAAUACUUUGUGACCGAAAUAAUAAUUUGAAAUGUACCUACCUCCUGCAAAUGGACAUAUUAGGCCAAAUUCUCCACUUUACUCCGCUGUUUAUUGCCAAUCUCGUUGAAAUCCUUCCAAAUAUGUACGGCAGCUCAGACAUAAUGGUAUCAAGCACUUUUUAAACAAGUUUUAAAUAGGUGUCAAGCAGAUCCCAGCUGUUUAACCAUCGACAAGGUAAAACCACAACUUUAUCCAAUUCGGCGCCAUUUUGUCAUCCCAUGUCGGUUGUCAACAAUUCGGCCUUGUUAUUCUUCCAUCCAAGCCAUUUUGAUUCCACUAAUAACAAAUUGAACCCUUUGUUAAGGGUAUCAAAAUAAAUAUGUAAACAAAAUAUAAAAAAUGCAGUAUUUUAUCACCCUGUAAAAUGUUGCUUACGAGUCUUUCAAAACAUUCCGUACAAAUCUCGCGUGGCAAAGCAACAGGGCCGUGACAGGGUGUGUGCCAUGUGAAUAUUUUCACGAAGAUAGAAGAAGGCUGGGUGAAAUGGACUAAAAUCUAAAUAAAAUCAUAGUAACGUUUGUUUUAUUUCUUGUAGCGACAAUAUGAAUAUGUCAUACUAUAAAUUAAAUGUUGAUUGUUGGUCUUACCACACUACUAUUACUGCGCGCUUUUGCUUUGCUUUAAUCUUCAAAGUCUCCCCCCUCCCCCUGUUGCUUUGCUACGCGAGAUUUGUACGGAAUGUUUUGAAAGACUCGUAAGCAACAUUUUACAGGGUGAUAAAAUGCUGCAUUUUUUAUAUUUUGUUUACAUAUUUAUUUUGAUACCCUUAACAAAUGGUUCAAUUUGUUAUUAGUGGAAUCAAAAUGGAUUGGAUGAAAGAAUAACAAGGCCGAAUUGUUGAUAACCGACAUGGGAUGACAAAAUGGCGCCGAAUUGGGCAAAGUUGUGGUUUUACCUUGUCGAUGGUUAAAUAGUUAGGAUCUGCUUGAAACCUAUUUAAAACUUGUUUAACAUGUGCUUGAUACCAUUACGUCUGAGCUGCCGUACAUAUUUGGAUGGAUUUCAACGAGAUUGGCGAUAAACAGCGGAGUAAAGUGGAGAAUUUGGCCAAAUACGUCCAUUUGCAGGAGGUAGGUACAUUUCAAAUUAUUAUUUCGGUCACAAAGUAUUAACUGUUUUACAGCAAAGCAGUGAUCGAUAAUAUACUUAAAAAAGUACCAAUUAUGUUUCUAUAAAAAUGAUUUAGGAAAAAAGGUAAUGUAGGUCCACUGCUGUUUAUCUGAAUUUGUAAGUCACAAAUUGACGUUUGACUAUGAGUAUUGCAUGGUCAUUUUCUUGUGAAAUAUCAGUGCUAGGCAUUUCACACUUACCAAUGACCACCCCUAAAAGCACCAUCUCUCAACCAUAUAAGCACCUCAGAAUAGCCAAAGCUGUUAUGGUUUGGUAGAUAGCACUAUGGAGAGAGCAUCGCUUUUGGGUGUGAUCAGUUUCGGACGUUUCGCCCCGGAUUGGGGUUCGGGAAGCGUUACCAUGUCGACCGUCAUGGUCAACUUGCCCUAAAACAGUUGAGAUUAUCUGUCCUAAAUGAAAUGCAUACAAACUCAUAUACAGGUCCUAGACUAGAACUUUAAUAGCUAGCUAGUUAGUGUAUCGAAGGCUGAAAGGCAAGAAUAUUCUUCGCCUCGAAACUAGACGCAUUAUAACGUCUAUUGUCUAAUACAUUAAAAAACUCAUUAAUAAUUCAGGAGGAAAACACAAAGAAAAAUCAUAAGCGUGUCGUAUCUUUAUAUGUGAUAAAAAAUCAUGUUAAUUUACAUAAACUUUAGCUUUGAUUUUCUCGAUUUAGACAAAGUUUAUUUUAAAAAUUACUUCGCCAAUGAACUCAUAUAAGAUAAAGCACGACUACAAGUGCUUUAAAUAGUACAUAAUGCGUCGUGAGAGGAGAGGUAUUUCGCAUGAUUACCAAGCGACUAGCUAAUGACCUGUGCCUACACAAUGUAUAGGCAGUAUAGCAAUAACGCUUUAGUCAUAUCUACUAAUCUACAUACCAGUGUGCAAUAUAAAGGCGGCGAACUGCAUGGAAUGAUAAUAUAUGUUAUUGUGCCAAGAAAGAUUCCAAGUUACUUCCACACGAUAACAGGAAAUUGAGUUCCUCCUUUUCAGCUUUCGAUAAUACAUUUUGUCCCAACGAACCUUAAUUCUUCACUGAAUGCUAUUUAAUAGGAAUAUGAUGUAGACUCGAAAGAAGCAGGCGAUGUCUGACUUUAAGUUUAAUUUAUGUAGAUCCAAAAGACCAAAAUAUUAUUACUGACUGGAAAGUUUGGAAAUUGCGCGCCGGAGAUUUCGAAAAUUCAAUAGUAAAUAUAUAGAAAGCAUCAAAAUUUGCGCGCCCGAUAUCUCCGCCGCGCGAUACAAACUAUAGGUCCUUAUUCUGUGAUACAAACUUUAAAUAUAUAGAGGAUAUUAGACGGUUGCGAGGAGAUAUGGAUUUUAUGCUCGAGUGGCAAAAACAAUAUCUCACGUGUGAGCGCAGCGAACGAGUGAGAUAUUAAUUGUUUUUGACACGAGAACAUAAAUCCAUAUCUUCUCGCAACCGUUUAAUGUUCUGUUUAUUAUAUGGACUUACUUAGAGUGACAAAAAUACACACAAAGACGACAUGUAAAAAAGCACGCGAAAGACCAGUAUAAAAGCGAUAUUAUUUAAAAUUAUAGCGCAAACAUAAAACUAGAGUAAAUUUUACUUAUCUCAAGAUGUCUUUUAAAUGUUUUCGUUUUAUUUCCAACGUUAAUUUCGUUUUAAAUACGAACGAAAGACCAUUUGUAUUUUCAAAAACAACAACAAUAAAAAUGGCUGGAAAUUUUCGAACUUCGUAUGUCACUAGCAGGGGCAGGGCCGCCCAGAGGUUGGCGGGGGCCCGGGGCAAUUUUUUUUUAGGGGCCCCUAUCUAAAAAAACUUUCCCGGAAAAUUUUUUUCCGGAGAACAACCUCCCCCCCCGUCGCCAAAAAAUUUUCGGUCAGUGUACCAUUUUAGGGGUAAAAAAUUUUUUCCGGAGUACAAAAUUUUUCCGGACGAGUACGUUGCAAUUGCUUUCGAGGGACUUUAUCUCAUUUUUUAUGCCAAAAUUCGGUACUUAGCCCAAGAAAACAGAUAUCUUGUCCUUUGCGCGGAAAUAUUUAACACACAAAAAAGGCUGGGGCCCAACAAAAAUUUUUCAGGGGCCCCCAGCAACUCGGGGCCCGGGGCAAUUUGCCCCCCCUGCCCUCCCCCCUCUGGGCGGCCCUGAGCAGGGGUGAAAUACGGAAAAUACGCGCACCUGGUCCCGGAUGUAGUGACGUAUGAGUUCUACGAGUGUUUUAGUUUCCAGUAAAACACCAUUGUCCAUCUAAUAAAUAAAAUUAUGUACAAAUUUUCCACUUCCCUCCAGCUCGAUAAAUAACAGUGAAACGUCGUGAUAACUUUUAGUGAAUUCAAAAUAUAUUUCUUUCAAAAAUCCCAAAAGAAAAGACACGACUGGACCAAAUAGUCAAUAGCGAACUUUUGCACGCUAUUCCACGGUCGCCAAUUUUGAUUUUGAUUUUGUAAGAAUUACGUAAUUAAAAUGACGUAAUUUGUCAUUUUGUGGCGUACCAAAGGGCAAAAUUAGAGUCGGUGGGCAUCACAUGUGGCCCCACCGACUAAUUACAGUACAAAUACACGAAAUUUACUAGUUAUUUAAUAAGUUAUUUCCAGGCAGUGGGUGUUCAAUAAUUCUCACAGUAUAAUAUUACAGUUUUUACUAGUUGUUUCAUCGAGGUUGUUUCAGGAGUCAUAAACUGCUGUUGUUUGUCAAGACGUCAGAACGUCACUUUUUAUUAGAAGAUUGAUACAUCGCGUUUGCUUUAUUACUAGCCUAACCUUAGACUAGAGAUAAUGUAACCUUAGACUGGUGCCUAACUAACCGCAACGACAGCCUAUACGAACCUAUCAAAUUUCCACCUCUAGGAAACAGUGAUCAUAACAUGGUUUGUAUAAAAUCCCUAAAUCCCCCUUUAAAACCUGAUAAAGACAAGGUAUGGAAGCGGGACCUUAGGGAAAGCUCAUUACGACCUUUUGGCCGCUGGAUAAUCUCGUUUGAUUGGUUGGAUAUUUUACUACAAAUGCGUUUGAAGCUAAAUAUGGAAAAUUUAAUGACACAAUGAGUGAUAUGAUUAAUAUUUUACUCCCUUUGAGAAAAACUAAAGCAACCAAAUGUGACAAACCAUGGCUGACGUCAUCAAUCAAAGAAUUAAUUAUCAAACGCCAAAAAGCUCUCCAUUACUAUGGGAAAAAUUCCGAUGCAUAUAAACUCUGGCGAAAUCAAGUCCAGCAAUCAAUCAAACCAGCACGAUUUAAGUAGUAUGCCCAAUCAGUUGAAAAACUGAAAACUUCUAAUCCCUCAAGAUGGUGGAAGGAAAUCAAGUCGUUGGGUGGUAUAUCUUCUAAAAGCUGUUGGUACAAUCAACUACUUUUUAAUGAUGUUCCUAAUUGCCAUGACUUGGCUGAAGUAUUUAACAGUUUCCUUUCCGGUCUUACAUCACAUUUUGGUCCUUUAACAUGCGGGGAAGGACAAUUGGAUUUCAACGUACCAAGUGAACACCUCAUUGACGCUAAUUAAGUGUACAAUGAACUCCGCAAAAUUAGAAUUAAUAAAAGCCCAGGUCUAGAUAUAAUACCUAACAAAAUUUUGAAGGUCUUUGCAUAUGAACUUGCCCCACUCUAUUGUAGUUCCAAUCCCCAAAGUUCCACUACCUGAAAGCGUGGAGGACGAUCUAAGACCCAUAUCACUAACGUCUCAGAUUUCUAAGGUCAUGGAGGGAUUCAGCUUGACAAAAUUAUUUGCCCAAAUUGAGAGUAAAUUAGACACGAAGCAGUAAAUUUGCGUUACCAAGGAAUCUACGACUCACGCUCUAACAUACCUCCUGCACAUCAUUUUGUCUGCCCUUGAGAACGGUCCCUGCUCUGCUAGAUUGUUUUUUGCAGACUUCAAAAAGGGGUUCGAUCUUGUUGUCAUAAUGUCAUAAUAUGCGAGCUGGAAAAUCUCGGUGUACAUCCUGUCAUAGUGAGGUGGAUCAAAGCUUUCAUGAGGGGCGUCUAUUUAGCUAUUUACAAAUAUAUAAAAAUGAAGAAAAAACUAAUUAACCCACAGACCCAAAAAGAAUAUUACCCAGAACAUAAUGUGUAGUUACAAAUGGAAUAACAAUUAAAAACAAGAUUCAAAUAAGUCUUUUGAAACAAUAAAUCGAAUGAGCAGACUUAGCCUCAGCAGAAAGACUAUUCCACAGUACAGCUCCACUAUACCUAAAGCUUCUUUUAAGAAAUUCUUUCUUAGGUUUUGGAAGUGAGAGAUCUGUAUCAUAAUUUCUGAGAUGAUAGUCAUUAUCAUUAUUGCUUCGUGCAGAAAAGAAUUCUCGAAGACAGGGGGCAGUACCAUUAUUAAGAAUGUUGAAUACCAGAACCACUUUAUUAAAUCUAAAUCUGUUUUCAAGAUUUUUCCAGUUAAGCCGUUCAAGGAGCUCAGAGGAGUUGGUAUCAUAACUUACUCCCGUCAACACCCUUGCAGCUCUAUUUUAGAAUCUCUGUAGUUUUUCUUUUAGUACAAUUCCGCAAUUAUCCCACAAAGGGGAACAAUAAUCAAAGUAUGGCAGAAUUAACGCCUUAUAGAUGAUGUGCAGGGUUUCAUUGGGGACGAAUGGUUUUGUUCGUUUUAAAACUCCUAUCCCUGCACCAACCUUUUUACAGAUUGCAUUAAUGUGAACUUCCCAACUAAGGUGUUCAUCCAACUCAACUCCUAAACAUUUAAAAGAUCUGUACCGUUUUAAUGGUUUAUUCUUAAAGGUCACUAAUUUAUCUCCAAUUUUAUUUUUAAUAUUGUACAGGGAGCCUAUGAACAUUAGCUUAGUUUUAGUUGUAUGGUGUUGCAGUUUGUUAUCCGAGAGCCAUCUACUAAUAUUUUUCAAAUCAGAGUUUAAUAGUUCCACCAGAUCAUCAUAAUUAUCAGACCAGGCAAAUAUCUGCGUAUCAUCAGCAUAUAAACCCGCACUGUUAAUUUCGGGGAGUUAAUUUAACUCCGGUGGAGUUAUACUGUACCUCAAUUAACUCCAAAUGUGGAGUAAAAUUAGGUUCAAGAUAAUACCACUGGAGUUAAAUUAACUCCCUGAAAUUUACAGUGCGGAGUUGCAAAUUUUAAAUAUUGCGGCAAAUCAUUAAUAUAUAAUAAAAACAUCAAAGGACCGAGAAUGGACCCCUGCGAUAUAUGGUCAUUUACACAGCAAACUUGCUGACGAUCAGUCAAGUAAGAGGUAAACCAAUUCAAUUCAUUUUCACGAAUACCAAACUGGUCUUUCAUUUUUGACAUUAAAAUUUGAUGGUUAAUUGAAUCAAAUGCUUUCUCGAUAUCCAGAGAAACAAGGCCAGUUAUUUUACCCUCAUCCAUAUUUUUUAGCCAUUCAUCGCACAUCUGGAAAAGUAAGGUUAGGGAUGAAUGUUUAGGUCGAAAUCCAGAUUGAAACUUUGAAAUUAGUGAGUUUGCAGAUAAAUAACUAUAUAAUUGCUGAAAAAUUUCUUUUUCAAAGAUUUUACUUACAACUGGGAGAAUAGAAAUUGGACGGUAAUUCUCACAUUUGCUUCUAUCCUCAGAUUUAUAAAUCGGUUGCACACGUGCUAAUUUCCAGUCAUUGACAAAUAUGCCAGUAUGUAGUGAUUGGUUAAAGAUUGUUGUCAGAGAUGGUGCAAUUAUAUCUGCAGAUAAUUUAAGAACUUUAGCUAGCAUUACAGAAGAAUUACAUUACUAUCAGUCCUAAUUUCAUUGAUAAUGGUUGAUUUUGAAUUUUUCCCCAAGUAGGUUAUUAAUCAAUGACCAACUUUUUUUUACGUUCUUAUGCUGAAGACACUCAGAUAUUUUAGUAUUGAAAUAGUUAGCUUUAAGAUUUCAGCAUUAAUUUUAUUUCUAAUGGUUUUAAACUUUUCCCAAUGCAUCUCAGAAUUGAUUUUUUUAAACAUCAUUUUAUGAAAAUCUCUUUGCCUCAUUAGUUGCUUAAUAGAGGCAUUUAGCCAUGGAAUUCUUUUAGUUUUAAUAUACUUCCUCAGAAUUGGCGCGUGUCUAUCAAGUACUUCUAUAAAGAAGGACUUCCAGACUUGCCAGCUAUCAUUCGGGUUAUUAAAUUGAUUGACAUAAUCCCAGGGGAUCCUAGACAAAUCGUGCAAAAAUAACCUUUCAUUAAAGUUUUUAAAAUUUCGAACUUCACUACAUGUUCUCUGUCCUUUUAAAGGAACUAGUUUUUUAACAGCAUAAAUCAAACUAUAAUCUGAAAUCCCAAUUUCAAUUACUCCAUGAUUGGAGAUGCUUUCGGGAUUAUUGGCCAGAAUUAGGUCAAUCUGUGUUGCUGAAGACUUAGUCACCCUCGUUGGCUCAUCAAUAAUUUGACUAAGUUGAUACAACACACAUAUAUUUUUUAGUUUUUGCGUAUGACUGUCCAACGGCGUCUUAUUCCAAUCACAAUUUAGAUCUCCCAGAACAAGUAGCUCUUUACUUUCUAUCUCACAUUUAUUAAUAAACAUUUCAAAACUGUCAAAUAGAUCUAUGUUUGAAUUCGGUGGCCUGUACCAAGCACUAAUUGAGAAAGGUUUACCGUAUUUAUGGCAGAUUUCAAUGCACACCAUCUCAAGCUGAUUAGGAAUCAGUUCUUUCCGCUCUAUAAAUGAAAAGCAGUCUCUGAUAUACAACACGGCACCUCCACCAUUUCUAUUACGAUCCUUCCAGCACAGAGCGUAUUCUGGUAUUUUGAUCUCAUUGUCAGAAAUAGAGUCAUCUAUUUUAGACUCAUUUAUAGCUAGGACAUCCAGCGGAUUUUUUUCUAAAAUCACUCGAAUCUCACCGAUAUGUUUCAAAAGACUAUUUACAUUCAAACUGGCGAUUCGAAAUCCUUUUGAUUUAGCAAUUAUACUUAGAGGAUACAAUUAAUACAUUAGUAUUAGUAUUAGGAUAAUUAUCAUUUAACGAGUUCGUCUUCUUUGAGACAUAGAUGUCUGAGAUAAGGCAACCAGAUUUAACAGAUCUCUGAGAAAAUUUCCAGAAGAUACAUGGUUUCCUAUUGGUUGUUUAUUUAAUUGUUUAUCAGGGUUUAAAAAUUUAAUAAAGCGUGUAGCUAGUAAAGCAGAUCCUUUUGCGCUCAGAUGUAAUUUACUAUUAUUAAGUCCAGAUUCAUCUGAUUGAAUUGUCAAUAAAAGAAAAGCCAGAUUCAUUACAUAAACGUUUUAGAUCCUCAUUUACUUGAUACAUUUUACUCGACACUUCAAUAUCUUUCCUUAAAAUGAUACUUGAAACACCUAAUUUAGCCUUAGGAAACUUUUCUUUAAUACUAGAACACAAACCUUUGAUGUUCUUUAUACACUGAUCACCUGUGUCGGUUGGUAGAUUGUUCGUCCCGGCGUGUAUAAUAACAUGGGUUGGAUGUAACUGAACAUUUAUAUUCUUUACUUCAGAUGCAAUUUCCUCCGCUCUUUUGCCUGGAAACGUGAAUUUAUUAACCCGUUACUCUUGAUAGUUUACGAGGGUUAAUGUUCUUAAUCAUUGAGUCUCCAAUUAUGGCGAUAUUUGGUUUGUUUUCAGAUUGAUUUUCCUUCUGUCGAUGACCAUUUAGAUUUUGAUUUAUUUCAUUUAUUUCAGCAGGAACAUUAUUGGCUUCCUCUACCCUCAGAUGGGAGAAACGGUUAUUGGUUGCGACAGCCGGUCCUGCAACUCGAUCAUGAUCCAAAGAUUUUUCCUUUGAACAAUAUAUUUCUUCCGUGCUUUGUGCACUGAGGCUAUUUUGGGUUAAAAUGUUAUUGCGAAAUUGGUAACGCUCCGCUUCGGUAUUAUUCUCGGGAGGUCGAUUGUCUUGUAAAGGGUAAUUGCCGUUUGAUGGUUGAUUGAUUCCCAAAUCAUUACACAAUAGCCGAACAGAUGUAAUUAGGCUGGCUUUUUCGUCUUCAGUUACUUUAGCUUUCCCUUGCAAAUCAGCAAGGAUAUAGUUCAAAUUACUUAUUCGAUCGGUUAAGUCUUUAUUUUGGUUUUUGAGUUCAAGAUUUUCUCGUUUUAAAGCUGUUAUUUCACUAUCUGGAUGUGGAUUAUUAAUUUGCUUUAGCUCGUUUGAAUGUUCCCACAAUAUGUUGUUUAGAGUUGACAUAUUCGCAGCAAAUUCUUUAGAUAAAACCUGCAGCCGAUUUUCAAAGAUUGCAUAUGUUCUUCCAGAGACUUGUCGUUACGAUCGGGUUUACUGGUUGCUUCGGCCAGAGAUAUAAAAGAGUUCCCCAGAGCACAGUCUGUGUCACUAUUCUGCUUGUUUACUUCAGCUAAUUCCUUAGAAAUUGAGGCUAUCGAGUACAGUUUUUCUUCAGUCUUGCUUUGCCACCUUCCAUUCAAUGUGAUUGUUUUAGCUUUAGCAUACCAUCUGAUGGAGACGCCUUCGCUUUCAAACAAUUUUUCAUCGCCACCAGGAGAUGACCAUUCUCCAUUCGGUAGAUUUAGUACUUCGCCGACAAAUUUUCGUAGAAGAUCAUAUGAGGAAUUCCAAAUCAGCUUUCCUUUAUCGUUUACAGACAGAUUAUGUAGAAGGCUUUGUUCGGUUAAAGACAUUUUGAUUGAGUUAGCGGAGCGAAAAUUACACGUCUGCACUCUACGAAUGCCUGAACGGUUAUGCUUUUUUACACGUCUUCACUCUACGAAUGUCUGAACGGUUAAAGAACUUUUUUAUCAUUAAAUAUAGUAAUAACUAGAAAAUACAUGCAUGCAGAAACCCUCGCCUUGCUGACAAAACCAUUGUAUCACCUCUUGAGUCGCAUUAAGCUUUCACGUUGACUGAAAGACGUAAUAAUGCUUGUUUAACGUUGUGUUGAGAAUGACAACGCGGUUGACAAUACCCGUGGGACCACGAAUUAUUCACAGUUUUUGUCUUGAAUGACAAAUUUCUUUGUAAGUUCUUUGUAGGUUUGCAUGGCGAUAAAACAUAUAAUAUUAUUGUUUGUGGAAGCACCAAAUUUAUUUGUUUUGAAAGCGCGUCAGCGGGCCGGCCGCGUCGUAGAUCGUAAACUCCUUACGAUGUAGGACGGCAACGCGACGACGACGGUCAGAAUAAAAUAAUUUAGAUGAACGAUUGUACAGAAAGUUUGUACACUAUUAUUGAUCUGUCAAUUUAAUACUGCAUGUUUGCUUAGCUUGAAAUAGUGGGUUUAUUGUUGAGAAAAUUCUACCGUAGUACUGAACUAAUUUACUGAGUAUCACUUCUCGAGUCUUGAAAUGCAGGCGUUUUAUCCGAGACGUAAGAAGGGUAUAGAUUCAUGUCUCGCUUUUCAUGGGUUAGGGUCAGCGGUUAGGGUUAGAGUCACGGCAAGGAUAGAGGCUCAGCAUUCAUAAACAGCGAGACAUGAAUUUAUAACCCGUAAAAGUCUGUAAUUUUUCAAACAGACCGUGGAUGUUAACUCCUGUGGGAUAUUAAUUUUUUUUCUUUUUCUUAAAUAUUAUGAAUCUCAUUGUAUGAAUAGCCGUCGUCGUCACGUUGUCGUCUUCCAUCGUCAGGUCUCUAGUAUAUCACAAGCGACGACAGUACAGGGUGUCCCAAAGAAAAGUACACUAUAGAAAUUAUCCUAUUGUUAUAAUUUGAAUGCCCUAGCACUAAGUUGAUCCCACAGGUGCAUAAACUUCUGCUUCUGGAAUUUAAAAUAAAAAAGCAAAUCGUUUAUUAGUGUAAUCGUUUGGCUUGACUUGGGCGUUAAAAUAUUUGGACAAAGCGAAAACGUUUUAAAAUGCUUAAAUGUAAAUACAAGUUCAUUAAAUUCCCAGGCGUGUAAUCACGCGCGUUUAAAGUCCGUUCUCCACUAGGCGAUUUUUUUCGCGCGACGCGAAGUGAAAAACAAAUUUUGGCAAUGUGAUUGGUCACCGAAAACAUUCGCCGCGAAAAAGUUGAAUCAGUUCCUACUUUUUGACUGUUCGCGCGAACAAAUUCGCCUAGUGGAGAACGGGCUUAAGAGCGGCUUAAGAACAAUGAGAUAAUUUCUAUAGUGUCACUUUUUUGGGGGACACCCUGUAUAUAACCAAGCAAUAUAAAGUUUCUAAUUUUUAUUUCCUUUCAUAAAUUAAAGUUCCCAUAAUCUUUCCUUUUAUUGUGUUCGCGUCCUUAAUAUACAGCCGCAUUUGGCCAUUUUCAUCAAUUAAAAGCCGGAUUAUCAAUUUAAUACCCAGUGCAGGAAAACAUGCCAAAGUUUUUGAUACGCUCUGUAUAUAUAACCAGCUAUUUUCAAUUCGUAUUCGUAUACUAUGCUUCCCUCUGAAGGAGUACUCAUUGCCUGUUGAACAAAUUUAUAUCGCCAAAUAUAUGUAUUUAGAAGGACAAAGUUUGCCUUCCAAAAACCAUUUCUGGCAUAAAUUCAACUUUAUAAACACGCUAGUCCACGUCAAGUGACGUCAAAUGUCACGUAUGCUAAAGAUACUUAUCUAAAGAAGGCAUAAAUUUUAUUGAGGACACGACAUUUCAAUAUUUUAGGUUCGUCGUACGGCAUUAGAUUGGUUGGCACAAGUGAUACAAACAGAGGUCGAGUAGAAGUCUACCAUCCAUCGUACGGUUGGGGAACAGUAUGUGAUGAUUCUUUAGAAAUAGCAGAUGGUAAUGUGAUUUGUCGUCAGUUGGGAUACAGUGGUGCCACUAAUGCUCACCAUGGUGCCGUUUAUGGUCAAGGAACUGGUACAAUCUUGUUGGAUGACUUAGGAUGUAACGGAUACGAGUCCUAUGUUUGGAAUUGCCCAAAUCGAGGAUGGACAAGUCACAACUGUGGCCAUAGCGAAGACGCGAGUGUGGACUGCUACUGA